CACGAGACUGUGACACGUGCGUUCGCGCGACACUGGCCGACCGGGUCUCGAGAAUGCCGCGAAAUUGCGGCUUAAUGAACAGUCGUUUCACCGAGGAGCCGAAGCAAGGGAACGGUUAUUUGCCGCUACCUCGAUAAUCCGUGCAUCUUUUCUUAUUUCGCGCCACUCUUGAAAAUACGUUCAUUCACCGGAAGAUCGUUCAGAUACGCCCACGCUCGUAUUGUUUCGAUGGAAUUUUUACUCGGUAGCGAAGGAUCGUAGCGAGUAUUCGAGAAACACAAAGAACAGUGAUCGUUUCUAUGGAACUAGCUAAAUGAAAAGGAAGUCAGACAGAUAUCGUUAACCUUUUCAUAGUAUAACAUAAGAGAGUUGAACAAGCUGUCAAAUAUAGCAUUAUAAAUUUCACGUUUCAAGCGUUAUUACACGUAAGGCGAUUAUUGAAAUUUAUUGCCCGUGAUAAGUGGAAUGUAUUAAAAUGUAAUUCAUUUUCUGACACGAUCUGACACGAAUUUUUUGUUACUCUAUUACAUUGUCAAAGGAUUAAUUUCGUAAUAUCGAUGAUACGCAGACUUGUAUAUCUAUAGGUAAAAAAUUUUAUUCCAUUCACUCACCUAUAACUUAUUAUAUUCUAUCAGGAUAUCACUGUACCGUAACCGAACAAUCGUCACACGCUAAUUAUCAGUUCCUCGAUUCCAAACUAACGUAAAAAUCUAUAACGAAUUGUAAUCCUUUCUCUGUCACAACCAAACAGAAUUUAGCUUACAGAGAGUUGAAAAAGUUUCACCGCGAUAACGAGUAGACGUAUUUGAACGACCUCCUCGAAACUAGAUCAAAAAUUCCGCGCAAUAUACAUACAUACGUUUGUAAACAAGCUGAUAUUAGUAGAUAGGAGACUCGGUGUCACGACAGUUUGAUCCACGCAAUUACGCAACGCUCGAACGAUAGCAAUUACAAGCAAACGUCUCGACGCGCUUUUACACGAUCCGGCAACGCGUAUACGACAGUGGAAUACGGUAAAACCAUAUCCAUUCCACGUUAUAACGACAGCGAAAAUAUUCGAAUAAAUUCUUUUCUGAAGUAACACGACUAACUCUGUGUAAAAGUAAUUAUCACGCAAUACGUAAAGUCCUCUUUAUCGUGCAAAAGUUAUUACAUAACUCUAAUUUUCGAGUCAAUUCGAUAUGCAUAUCGCGACUUAAAUUUGCAGCAAAGCACAGUGAUCAAACGCAGCGAAUCGAUUACAAAUACCGUCCUUGUUUAAACAAGAUACCCUUCCACCUCCAAAAUUUAUUGUCACAUACACACAUAUGUAUACAUAUAUGGAAUCUUUUUAAGGAAUUUUGCGAUCGCGUUAUACGAAAGCGCGCUAGCAAUUUCCUGAUCGCGUUAUACGAGAUUCUACUGUAUUUGCCCUGGAAUCGAAGUGGAAUGGAGAGGCUGUUGUAUGUCGUAUUCUAUGUUAGAGAACGUAGCAACGGUGAAUUUAGUCUGCAUCAGGCUGCGCUCGAGCAAUCGAGAAGUACAGCGUAACUGUGUAAUCGCGUUCGCGUUCCCCGAAGGGCAAAAUGUUUAACUUGAAACGGCAUGUGUAUCGAGCGUGUGCCAGCUCGGUGCACGCGUGUCACGUGCUUUUCGAGCACCGAAUCCCGUCAGGAGAGAAGUUGCGCGCCACUUGCGCGCUCCAAGCAUAUGUAAAAGAAUAAUGGCCUCGCGUAUGCGUUUUCAAACGUAAAUCAGUUCGGCUGGACUUGCCAGCAACUGUUUCGUAUGGCUCAAAUCUAUGUUCUUGAAACGUUGCUAGAUUCUCCGAAGUCUGUUCCUUCUUCCUCCUUUUCUAUCUCUUUCUUCAUUUGCUUUUUUUCGAGACGAAAACAGACGACAUUGAAAGAACGAUCGACCAGCAACGAUUGACACGAGGAAGAAGGAUCUCGCGUGGGUCGAGAUUCUUUAAGUUUUUAAACACGACGACACGCGCAGUCAGGCGACGCGUCAAAGUCCCCGAUAGCGACGGAAUGUAGGGAGACGUUUAUAAUUAGUCAUGCGAGAGUACACAGAGAGAAAGGAAAGCUAAAGAGAGAUUAUAGCGUAGUCGUGAGUAACGAGAUCACGAGGAUUUUUCAUCGCGACGCACGCCUCUGUGAUUCACUGUCGUAACGAUAGCACGUGUUAUUCUCUUUUCGUUCGGUGAAUAAAAAUCGGCCAGAAGCUGGAAUUUCGGACAACGUCGAAUGGGAGUAUAAAAAUCCGUGGAAACUGGUCGUGAUGCUGAACGAUGUUGCACGGUAUCGUGGGUGUAAUUGGAUGUUUCCGGUCGAACGAAGGAAAAUAACGACGGAGAUGACGUCGUAGUCGAACUGGAACCGUCUCGCGACAGCUCGAAUGACGACCUUUCGGAGUGAAGCAUCUACGAAAGUUGUCCAGAAGGAGAGAUUAUGAUCCUGACUGCAAUAUGACCGACAGAAUUACAUAGUGGCGCGUGGCGUGUCAGACCCGACACGGGACUAGUGCGUUCUCCGCCCUUUUCGCCGAGUAUCAUCGUGUGAUUUGUGUUUCGACGUCGACGCUAUAUAUCGUUGAAGGGGGGGCUUUCUGGAGAGUGGUGUGAUUGGAUUCGUGGAAAAUCCAAGACGCAAACAUGUCGAGACGGCAUCCAAGUCGACUCGACGUAGAAUCAGCUAGUACGGACUGAGUGUAAACGCGUGAAAAAAAGAGGCUACUGGUUAAAAUAAAGAGAGCAAAGACGGUAUAAAAGAAGACGAGAAGAGAGGAGAAGAGGAUAAGAGAAAAGAAAGAAGAGGGUGGAUCGAGAACGUGAGCCGAGGCGCAAAAUGGGAGCAACGAAAUUCGUGUUGGGAAGCGCUAUCCUCGGACUCUUUUGGUGUGGCUUGUUCAAGGGUGCCCUAACCAAUUCGAUGAACAGGUGCGACUAUCCUCCAUGCUUCUGCGAUCCUCACGGCAGGCUGACCUGCGACUGUAAAGAGGAAGGAGAGGAAUUGGUGUUAACCACCGAUGGUGACAAAAGAUUGAGCCCGCACACCAGCAGGAUAGCGGUGAGCAAUUGUUCGUCCGUGAUCCUGAUGAACUCGAGCCUAGCCUCGAUGGUCGGACUCCGUGCGGUUGACCUGAUCAACGUGGCGAACUUAAGCCUAGUCAGACAGAGCUUCGAGCUGUCCCCGCAGAAUACACGCACACGAAUAUCCGUGAGGAACUGCAGCAUCGACACGAUACCGAGUUUCGUCUUUCGAGGUGACGUGGAAGCGAUCAUCUUCGAAAAUGUAAGGAUCGGCCAGCUGAGCGCGUUCUCGUUCGCGAAUCUGGUACACACGGAGAAGCUGAAGCUGGAAAACUGUCGUAUCGAGAGCAUCGAGGCACAAGCGUUCAAGAAGUUCGACGUGGGCCACCUGCACGUGAUCGGUAGUAGCUUCGGGGAUCAGGUGCCCAGUAGGACGAUGAACGAUAUCGAGGUUUACCACACUUUCAUGCUAGACGGUGUGAAAAUGGGUACAGUGAGAAGCGAAGCUUUCAUCGUGAGGAGUCCACGGACUGUGGCGAUACAAAAUUGUAUCGUAGAGAGCUUGGAAAGCGAGGCUUUCGACGUGACCGCGAGGGGGCCGGUGAUAAUCAAGAACAACAGCUUCGACAGCCUCUCGAUAGGUGCUUUUCUCGGUAUACGAGCGGAUCCCGAAGCGAGAACACCACCUUCCUCCCUACCGACCAACCUACACGACCUUAUCUUUAAGAAUAACAGCGUGGUCAACUUCGAGGAGGGCUCGAUGAUGUUCGACCGGAGUAGCUUUCGUCUCGAGCUAGACAACCUCUUGGUCGAUCAACCGUGCGACUGUCAGAUGUUGCCCAUAUGGAAGAACAACAUUCUCAAUUACACGAACGUCUACUCGAGGUUUUACACCAAACAGAACACCGGGCUACCCCGUACGUUAUCGCCUCAGGACGCCAUCAACGAAACGCCCGAAACGUUCCUUUGCUCCGAUGGCGAAGUGAACGGGGUGCCAACGAGUUUCAUCGAAUACGAGACACGACAUUGUUCACUGGGUGGAUCCAUACUAGUCUUCGUCCUGAUCAUCGCGGGCUUACUCGUGCUACUGAUACUGCUCAUCUGUCUGAUCAUCUGGUGCUGCAGAAGGCGUCGUCGAAACAGCAGGAAGAAAUGGACCAGCGUGCCGAUGAACGCACCUGACGUCGUGUCGAAGAAGAACGGGGUGAUCGGCAGAGAAGCGGCCUCGUCGGCCGCACCGGUCGACAGCCGGAUAACGAUGGUCGUGCCCGAUGGCAGGCUCUACAGGGAGACCGAGUUUCACGUGAUCGUUGAGAAGGCCGAACCAUUGACUACCGAAUUGUAACGAGAACCUUCACACGGCUCGACGACGAGGGCCGUGGUAGCUCAAGUCGAAGAAGAAUUCGAGUGGUCCGACACUUCGAGCCGUUUUCGCGUGUACAAGCUGUGAACCGGACCAGGACAAGACGAUGUACUUUAAACCGGUGCUGGUCAACGAUGUGUGACGAACACGUGCACCGGUUUCUCAGUGCGAGUUAAGAGAGUCGUGGAGAGUUUGUGUAACACGCGUAUAGUGAUCGAUGUAUAUGGUGAUCGUUAACGUUCAGGACUAGAGCGGAACUCUUCUAACGAAGAACGCGAUCCAACGCACUUCCUCUAUGAAGGAGGUUCCUCGAAGAAAUUUUUCACGUACUAUUAUCGACAGAGCCGUGUUGCGUCUAAACGAAAAUAGAACGAGAGAUAUCGAUCUCGAAUCUCUCUUGUUUUCAAUUUAAUCGACUAUCCUCCUAGUACAAGGCAGUUCGUAAGCUUCCAUAAUUUACAUAUCACGAACGAACGCCAAUUAUCCAACGCGCCUCACCCUGCUCCCAUUUUUUUUUUCUCUCUUCUUCGUUCUCGUCCUCUUUGAACGCAGUCACGUUCCUCUUCACAAUUAAGAGUUUUUCCUCUCUUCCACGAUCGAGGUCACGUGCAUGGAUAAUCGGCGCGUCGUUGUUAGUUAAGUUUAUCGUGUUAAGUAGCUUCCAAAAGAGGGCCAGUGUCGUUUCGCGAAGAUUGGAACGGAGCUUCGACGAACCGAUACACGCAAGGAAAAAAAAGGCAAAGAGAUAACGAAAGAGAGAGAGAGAGAGAGAGAGAGAGAGAGAGGGAAGCGAGAAAGAAGAACAGGAGACGAGACGAGAAAAGUGUACAAAAGAGAGCGAUCGAAGGCAAAUCCUAAACUCGCUGACUUGUGUAAGAUACGCGAUUGGAUCGACCUUUCGUACUUCGUCGUAUUUAAGUUUAUCGAUCGAUAGCACGCUUGUCGACGCACCGCGUCGCGCGUUGAUCAACGUUUCAAGCGAAUGCAUGCUGUGUGAACCAACAACCGACAAAUUAUCUAACGAUGAUCGCGCGUUCGCUCGGAAACCAGUGCCAUCCCUAUACAGAUGUGAGUUCGUGCAUAAUUCAUUUAAAGACACGUUCGAUCCUCGAAGCAAAAGAGAAAAUACGAAAUAGAAGGUAGCUGAAUAUUCGUAAGUUCGAAACGAACCGAGAACCAAAAUUAUUCACCCUCUUAACGCCCCUCCUGCCAGCCCAAUCACUGUACUACCUACUUCGAUUCUAAUUGCGUUUCUAAUCGCAAUUAUGCUUGUAACACAAUAAAAGAUAUUACCUGACACCCCUUGACAAUACGAAAUAAUGAAUCGAUAUGCGAAUAUAUCUGAUAUUACUAUUAAGCGCAGAGAGAACGAAGAUAGCGUACUAUGAAGUGAGAUAAUCGAAUCUUGUAAUCUACGUUAUCUACACGUCAUAGAUCAACGAAACUUACAUUACGAGAGCUCGUUACAUUAACGAGAAAAUUUUCGUUCCGUUUCGAUGUAACAAACAACGAGCAUAGCUCGAUUCUUCUCAAGUGUUCAAAACCCUUUCUCCCCACCCGAUCCUUGCGUAUUCGUUAAUUUAUUGUAUUAUUUCACUGCGACAUGUUUUAUUUAUGAGCUUUGGACUUAACCAAUAAAUUGUUGUUAUUGUUAUCAUUCCGAUCGGUAUCUAAUUUUGAUAAACGAGCGGCGAGGGACACCCUCGGCGAACCCAAUCGAUUCAUCACGAGGCAAACGAUUCGCGUUUACGAAUUCCCUCGCUAAUCUCGAAAGCGUGCAAGUCCCUGACUAAUACGCGCAUACGUUCAACGUAAAACCACAACCGACUGUCGCGCUUAAGUAUCGUUCCACGCUCCUCGAGCUACCGCUUCCAGUGUGAUUAAUAGACCCGAUAUAAUUCGUCGUCCUCUCUAUUUCAUCAAGGUAAGCACCGGUGGUAUUUUACUCGUCGAAGAUGAGAGCACGUGAAGCAGGUACGAGGUGAAAGGUAGCCUUUGGAAUUCGAAAAACGAAGAAACGCCGCGGUAUACCUAUUACGUUGAACGAGAACGACUCGUAAAAGACGAUUCGUUCGAUGUUGAAAUGGACCGUUUUGCGUUUUAAAGUACAAUGCCGAAGUAGUACCGUAAGCGGAGUUCUGUGGCAUCGCGUGUGCAGCUAUCUCGCGCACGUGUUAGCCAUGCAUUAUUGAUAUCGCCACCACUUGCUCCACACGUAACGACUCUUGCAGCGUUGUUUCUUUUUAUCCUCGAGCGUCGAGCAAAAAUUGGUUCUCUCUGAGUUUCUCGAGAUUAUUCAGCGACCUUCCCGUCGUUACCUUGAGCUUCGUCCAAGCACGCCCAAUUAGAGAUCGCGCGCGAAGAAGUAGCGCAAGUCCAAUGGAAGCUGGACUCAACUACCAGCUCUAUAUGUAUUCACGCGUAUAAAUCCACGAGCGCACGCGCGAAUAUACAAGUACAAUUAUCGUACUUUGAUGAAAGAUUAAGUUUUUCUAAGGACAUUUUAGUUGUAAUUAUCGUGAGACUGUGAUAUAACGACAGCCGAUUGUAUAAUUUGUUUUACAUUGACAAGGACGUCGUACCAUCGAUAACGAGGAGAUAAUAAAGAUGAAGUUGAUGCAUA